AUGUUCUCGCGAAUUUUUUAUGACAUUGAAGUUGUCAAACAGUUUGAUUUUCAGGUUGAUGUAUGAGUGCUGAUGGCAGAUAAUUUGCAAAAAAGGCCUUCGAAAGGCAUUUUGAAAAACUCUAGCAGCUUCGAUAGGCAAGAUGGUCAUUCGCACGCUAAGAAAGCGAAAGAAACUACUUUUGAUGAAAUGAAUAUCAUAGCUACUCUUCAUCCCCCUGACAAAGACUAUGGACAUAUGAAAAUUGAUGAACCCAAGACACCUUUCAACUUCAGUGAAGAUGAGCUAGACAGAUUAGAUGCUACUGCCUUAGCAGAGAAACUCAAAUUGGCUGUUGACAAACCUCCCAAAUUCCAGCAACAGUCGUCAGAGGAUGAGGAUUCGGAGGAAGAAGAUUCAGACUUGACUGAAGAAGAAAAACUGAGAAGGAAAGAAUUUCGCCAAAAACGUAAAAAGCAUUAUAAUGAAUUCUAUGCUGUGCAACUAGCUAGAAAACUUCUUGAAGAAGAUGAUGAGGACGAUGAUGAUGAUGAUAACAGUUCAUCUAAAGCAUCACAGAGUACUUCUGCCAAAAGUUCAAGUAAAGGUAGAAGUCCAUCGCCUACUUCACCUAAAAGUAACAGAAGAUCUUCCCCAGUAGGUAAUACGAAUAUACAAGGUAGUUCUAAGCGUACCUAAAUAUUGCCAAAAUAAAUCUGUGUAUAAAUUUAGAUCUUCAGGAUUUUCAUUUUGAAUUUUUCACGAAAAUGGCUUUUUUAGGAUUGAUCUUAGUGUCGAUAGCUAUACAUAAAAAGUGCGUAAAACAAGGACAUUUACUUUAUUGUAUUGCUCAACAUUCGUUUGGUAAGAGAAGUUGUAAAACGCGGCUUUGGAAAAUACUUUUAUGUAAAAAUGGUCUUCAAAAAUUUGUGAUAUAAAUUUCCAGCUAUUAACUUUCGAUGUGAAGAUGAUUUUUACAUGUGAAAUUGCGGUACGAGAAUUUGGCACUGAUUUUAGAGUGAACACCAAUAAUUAUUCCAUUCCAAUGGGAUGAAAACCUUGUGAGGAUAAAUGUAUUUAUUAUGAAGACGACAAAAUGUAUAAUACGAAAUAAUAUUUAUUUUUAUGAAAAAUUAUUAAUCGACAAAGUUUAAUCAUCAAUUAAGUAGUAGUUUUCGCUUGAAUGAGACACUUGACUCAUUGUUUUCAUAGCUGUAAAUGUGUAAUAACCGAUUUUUUUCUCAGAGCAAUGUAUCGAUCAGCUUUUUGUUUUAUUUUAGAAGUACUGCAUCGAUUUUUUUUCCAUUCGGCAGUAGUCAUCUCAAAAACCAUUCAAAUUGAGCUCGAAGAGUGAUUUUUAGACUCAGCUGGAAUAUUUUGAAAUGACUAGGAUGCUGAUAAGUAUUCUUUUAUUUUUUUUUUUUGAAGUUGAAUAAAUGUUGACGUAUUUGAA